CCCCUGUAAAAGGGGGCGGGGGGGUGACGUGUGUGUGCGGUUCUGAAUGGACAGUGCGGGUAUCACAUGACGCGGUGGGUACGCUGGCUUGUUUUCCAGGCUCCGGUCCGCUUGCCAGCUGGGUGUCCCGGGAGUCGCUGACACACAUGGUCCUGCUCCGGCAAUUCACGCUGGCCAUCAGCGCCGCGGUGGCAGCCCUGGGCUCCCUGCUGUUCAUCGGCUGGAACUACUUCUACAGGAGGCGGUUACCGGUGUGCGACUCGGGGUCCCGCCGCCCCGCCGUCAGGAAGAUUAGGACGUCGGAGCCGGGGAGCGGGGUGUGUCCGGAGAGGCAGGUGCUGGUGCUGGGGCUGGAUGGUGCUGGGAAGAGCAGUGUGCUGCGGUGCCUCUCUGGAGCAGGGGUGAGACGAGGCUCUGGACCCACCUGGGGCUUCAAUACGGUCUGUGUCAACAACCCGGGCUGCCAGCUGCACUUCCUGGAGAUUGGCGGUAGUGUGAACCUGCGCACAUACUGGACGCAGUACCUGCAGAGCGCGCACGUACUGGUCUACGUGGUGGACUCUGCUGAUAGAGAGCGCCUCCCUCUGGCCAAGGCAGAACUGCACCGACUCAUGGCAGCGGACUCAAAGCUUCCCUUGGUAGUGCUGGGGAACAAGCAGGAUAGACAUGCAGCCCUCCGUGUCCCUGAGCUCCAGGAAGCUCUGUCCCUGGACGCUGUGGGGGACGAGAGGAAGUGCUUCCUGCUGGCUGUGCAGCUGGAUUGGGACGGUGUGGAGCUUCCUCACACCCUGAGGGAGCUGCAGGAGCUGCUGCUGCAGCUGGUCUCCCCACGCUGAGGUCGGGGGCAGGGGAAGAAUGGCUUUUCAGAGUCGUUCUCCAAAUAGUUAUUCGACAAAUAACUUGAAGCACCAAGUCACUGGCUGUUUUUAAACUUGACUUUCAACGCCACCGAUUCGUGCACAUUGGGAGGUAUGAAACUAGUGUUAAAUUGUACUUUUAAUUCAUUUCACUUUUUUUCCCCUCAAUAACUUCUUUUAAAGUUCAGAGCACAACUCGUAUGUGCAAUACUUUGUAGAUCCAGCAGCGGGGGCUAGAGUGAAUCAAGGAGACUUGAGCUGAGCUCCUCCUAACAAAGGAAUCUGUGUUUCAGAACAGCCACACUUGCACAAAGCAGCCUGUGUUUAAGCUGAAGAAACACAUUCAAAAUGUUAAUUAAGGAUUGCAAGGUUUUUUUUUUUUAAUUCCCCAGGAUUUUGCACAUUUCAGAGUAUGUAAUUAUUUUAGACACUUAUGUUUAAACAGUUGUUUUAGACACUCACAGGGACCCCAUGGUGAAUGUGUGAAAUGUGUUUUUAAUGUGUUAUUCAAACUCGUGUCCAUUGCUAGAUCCGUUAAUAUGCCAUUCAGCUGCCCUAAUGUUCUUGGAACGCAGUCCUUGCUUCAAUUGUGGGAAGUCGAUCAGCAUUACAUUAUCAUGUCUUGUAAGACACAUGGGCUGCCCACUUACCUGAUUAAAUACAACUAGAAACUUUAACUGAGCAGAAAUCUACCAUCAUGAAAAAUCUGCAAAAUCUAAGAUACUGCUCUGAAUUAACAAAGCGACUGGGACAGUGAACUGCAUAUCAUUACUGAACUAGAUAUGCACCAAAUGCCUAGAUUCCUCUCAGCAGUUAUUUUACUUCUCAACUUUGAAUACGUUGUAUCAGUCUGUCUCAGUUGUUCCACAGAACAUUCCUUUUUUCCAGUCCCUGUCCGAAGCCUUCCGCAUCGGUAGCUAAUUCGUGUGUUGGUUGUUUCUGUCUGCUAUGUAUACUGUAUACACUCCUUAUUACUAACAAAGACCAAAUGUUUAAAAUCUUAUUUUUUCUUACGCCAUGUUGCCUUAGCAUUGAACUAACGAUCUGGGGCCUCAUAAUAGUUGCUGCCAGGGCCAUUGCUGUACUUUCUAAUGGCCAACAAACACGCCAGUCUUUGUGAUUGAAUUGAUUGAAUCCAGGACACAGGCUGUGCUUUUUUUUUUUUUUUUUAAAUACAAAUGCUCUGUAUUUUUUUUUUUGAGUAUUUGUUUGGAGGGCGUGUUUACGUGAAUCACUGUAUUUCAAUCAGAAUGCACUUUUCAAACUGUGUUAUUAAUGAUUUUAAAAACUCUAUCCUGCAUUGCCAUGUUCCAGUAAACCACGGCUUUGUUCAGAUUGUUAUUUUUAUUGCCACUAUUCUAUUUGUUUGUUUAAAAUUCACAACAGGAAACCUCUACCUCAGACUUGGUGAUGUACUACUGAUAAAAAGAAGUUUACGCUGCUGUAUGAUUAACAGAAAUUAAAAUGAAUUAUUGAACACAGCGUGUGUUUAUUACUGGGUAUUGAAGCUGUGUAUCAACAGUGACAGGAAGCACCAUCUAGAAUGGACAGGGCAGGUUCAGUCGAAGGACUCCUACCCAUGCUGCUGUGGACUGUUAGCAGAAACAAUACAUUGAUUUGGGGGGUUGGUGGGGCUUUUGCUUCUUGGUUCCACGGCGAGUAUCCAAAAAGGAACCCCUCUAUGAGAUGACCUUCUGAACACAGCAGAGAAGCACUCUGUAAAGCACAGUGGUUUCUUUCGAUUUGGCAGCGAUAGAUUUUCGGUCACACUUGUUUAUACAGCC